AUGGACAGCAGCUGCUCCAGCAGCUGGGCAGUGGGACCUUCGGUGCCCAGUGAGUCUUCACGCCUCAAGGCUCCUGGGAGUUGCAUGGGCCCCACGCCUGGAGCUGCAGUCUACAAUGGCACAUGUGCAGAGCGGCCCAAGGAGCAAGUGAUGAUCAGUGGAGAUGGCAUUGAGUUGCCACAGAAGGUUCUAUUUCCUCCUGAACGACUCGACCUGAAAUGGACUCAGGGCCAUCGGAUCGGAGCAGGACUGCAGAAUAUGGGGAACACCUGCUUUCUGAACUCCGCUCUACAGUGUCUCACCUACACUCCUCCAUUUACCAACUACAUGCUGACCCGGGAGCACUCCAAAAUAUGUCAUGAGCCAGGAUUUUGUAUGAUGUGUACUAUGCAAAAUCAUAUCAUACAAGUCUUUGCUAACUCUGGGAAUGUUAUUAAACCUAUUGGUGUCCUCAAUGAGCUUAAAAGAAUUGCAAAGCACUUUCGCUAUGGAAGCCAGGAGGAUGCCCAUGAGUUUCUGCGUUAUACGGUGGAUGCUAUGCAAAAGUCCUGUUUACCUGGAGCAAAAUUGGACAGGCAAACGCAGGCUACAACUUUCAUCCAUCAAGUGUUUGGCGGGUAUUUACGGUCCAGAGUAAAAUGUUUAAACUGCAAAGCAGUUUCUGAUACGUUUGACCCUUUUUUGGAUAUCCCUUUGGAAAUUAAGACGGCUCUCAGUGUUUCAAAGGCAUUAGAGCAGUUUGUUAAGCCAGAGCAACUGGAUGGGGAAAAUGCUUACAAAUGUACAAAGUGUAAGAAAAUGGUGACCGCCUCAAAGAGAUUCACCAUCCAUCGCAAACCUAAUGUCCUAACCUUGUCCCUUAAACGCUUUGCAAAUUUCACUGGAGGAAAAAUUACAAAGGAUGUGAAAUAUUCCGAAUAUUUGGACCUGCGACCAUACAUGUCUCAGUCACAGGGAGAGGCUCAGACCUAUGGACUAUACGCUGUCCUAGUGCAUUCAGGGUUCAGUUGCCACGCAGGACACUACUUCUGUUAUGUGAAGGCAAGCAAUGGGCAGUGGUUUCAAAUGAAUGACUCCUCUGUUUCUGUCAGUGAUAUACGUUCAGUUUUAAACCAACAAGCUUAUGUUCUGUUCUACAUCAGGAAUAAUGACACGAAAAAAUCCUCUGACUAUGACCACACAAACCAUAAUAUUGGGAUCCCUGGUCAGUCCUCACCACGACCUGUCGUAAUACCGCGCAUGAACGCCUCUGUCCACAGCAACAAUGUGGGCUUCAUAGGACCACAGCUGCCACCCAACCAGGGUUCACUUUACAUCAAUGGAAACGGAUCUCUGAGGGACUACCCCAGUUCAAAACCUUGCAGCAGCGGUCUGGGAUCAACUGCUUCUUCCUCCAUUUCUCAUUCCAUUAGCCGACCCACGACAAUCCCGGACCAGGACAAACGGCAAAAACUUUCAUUUUUCAUUGGCCAAGGUAAACCCAUCCGGAGUACAGCCUCGUCCGCGUCUCACAGUCAGCCGUCCUCUUCUGCCAGCUCAUCCUCGCAGUCUACCUCAGACGCCCUGUCCGACGCACGCUUCAUUCCACGUCAACUCAACCACACGAAUGGCUCUCGGGCCAACGGAAGCCACCAACCAGGGGGCAACGGUGCGUCGCUCUUGGUGCCGUACAGCCAGGAGUCCUCUGAGGAGUCUGAUCAGGAGAACAGCGCUUUGGAUAAUGGCAAAUCUAGUGCCAUUAGCAGCAAUGGAUCUGCUGAAGAUCUUAAUGCAGCUUCACACAAUACCAACGGAGAAACCAAAGUGCUUCACAACGGAAACCGAUUAAAUGGAGCCAAUCACUGUAUCUCCAAAUCUAACCAAAAUGGCCAUCAUAAUGGGCACCACAAACUCAAUGGACAUGGAAGUUCUGAACAGAUAUUGGAAUGUAAUCUUACUGGUUUACCCCCUGAAGUUUCUGCAGAGGAACCCAAUCACAACGGUCAUUUAAGUGACGUCAUCAAUCAGGCCCCAGCUGCUCGUGUUCAAAGUAUUAAUCCAGAUAUUAAAAAUGACAUCUCCACUUCUGAUGCAAUGGUUGAAAGAAUGUCCACUCAGAGUGAACCGCUGCAGCAGCAGCAGCACACAGACCUCUCUGCUUUUAACUCUGUGCCGGAAGCUUCUGAUAUUGAUUCAGUCCCAACAAGAGAAAAUCUUGAGAAGUCUGCUGCCUUAGAAGACCCCUCUGACUUGAACUAUACUCAGAACACUGAGGGUACUUCACAUAAAAGCAUGAAUGAUGGCAGAGAUUCAGGACAAACCAAUGGGCUGUCUCUAGUGUCAGAUGAAUCCACAAAAGCUAAGGAGCCACAUCAUCACAAGACCGUCUCCAGGAGCAACCAUGAGAGGCAAGGGUCUCGAGAGCGGGACCGAGGCCAUGUCUCCGAAUGGAGCAGAGACCGGUACUACAGAGACCGGAGUAACGAACGAGAAAGUGAAGGAGACCGGUUCAGGUCGAGGCGGGACUACAGAGAUCAUCAUCGCUCCUACAGGGACCGCUUACCUGUCUACAAUCGCUCCUACAGAGAAACAGAUUCAGACCGGCGGUGGGAGAGGACCUACCACCCAAGGGAGCGGGAUCGAGACAGAUGUGCUCACCAUUACCACCACCCUCACUACCGCCACCAUUGGGACCGCGAUCGCAGACACAGCUAUUCUUACAAAGACGACUAUCGCUGGAAGUGGCAUGAAAGUCGAGAUUAUAGGGGCAUGAAGGACAAGAGCAAUGGGAGAGAAAGAGAUUACCAUUCUUUUAAAGAGGUCUCCUCUUUUUCAACCAAUGGGACAGACACUACUCACAUGAAGUCAGCAUCGGCCUCCAGUCGAGAUGAGCAGCAUUACAAACGUGUUUACGUCCCGGUCACCAAAGAAAGGGACAGCAGCUCUGACGGUGGCUACAGUAAAAAACAUAAAAAGAGCAAGAAGAAGAAAUCCAAAGACAGACACCGCAACAGCGGAAGUUCUGAUGCUGAUUCAGAUCGGGACACUGAAGCAAAACGGAAAAAGAAGAAAAAGAGGGGGCACGACAGUCAGGAAAAAGAGUCCCGCAAGUGCCGUCUUGAUGACGACAGACACGAUGGUGGCUCGCCAGAAAAGCGCCGCCGCUCUGAAUACCCCCACCCGACCGACACCACCUCGACUUCAAACGGAAAUGGCUCCAGCCAAAACAGUGACUCUCACAAAUUAUCCAACUGUUGA